UGUACCCCGCGCGUCCCGCCGCGUCCCGCCGCGUCCCGGUGCCACCGCCGCGGCCCCACCAUGCUCCCGCUGCUCGGGCUGUGCUUGGCCCUGCCGUUCUGCGCGGGGUCGCUGGAAGAGGCGCAGAGCUGGGGGGACACUUCGGAGCAAGUUGCACUCAGGGUCCCAAGGCAAGUCAGGCUGUUGCAAAGGCUGAAAACCAAACCCUUGAUGACAGAAUUCUCGGUGAAGUCCACCAUCAUUUCCCGUUAUGCCUUCACUACGGUUGUCUGCAGGAUGCUGAACAGAGGAUCUGAGGACCAGGAAAUCACGUUUCAGAUGCAGAUUCCAGCUGCAGCUUUCAUCACUAACUUCACUAUGCUUAUUGGAGACAAGGUGUAUCAGGGAGAAAUUACAGAGAAGGAAAAGAAAAAUGGUGAUAAGGUAAAAGAGAAAAGGAAUAAAACCACAGAAGACAGUGGGGAGAAGGGGACGGAGACCUUCAGAGCCUCCGUGGUGCUUCCCAGCAAGGACAAGGCUGCCUUCCUCCUGAGUUACGAGGAGCUCCUGCAGCGGCGGCUGGGGAAGUAUGAGCACGUGGUCAGCGUACGGCCCCAGCAGCUGGCGGGGCGGCUGACGGUGGAGGUGACUGUUCUGGAGAGUUCGGGCAUCGCAGCGCUGGAGGUGCUGGGGCUCCAGAACAGCCGUCGCCAGGGCAGCGGGCGGGGGCAAGAUGAUUCUGGGCCACCUCCUUCUACUGUUAUCAACCAAAACGAAACUUUUGCCAAAGUCGUUUUUAAACCUACUGUGGUCCAACAAGCCAAGAUUGCCCAGAAUGGCAUUUUGGGAGAUUUCAUCAUUAGAUAUGAUGUUAAUAGGGAACAGAGCAUUGGGGACAUCCAGGUUCUAAAUGGCUAUUUUGUGCACUACUUUGCCCCCAAAGACCUUCCUCCUUUACCCAAGAAUGUGGUGUUUGUGCUUGACAGCAGUGCCUCCAUGGUGGGAACCAAACUGCGGCAGACCAAAGAUGCCCUUUUCACGAUUCUGCAUGACCUCCGACCCCAGGACCGUUUCAAUAUCAUUGGAUUUUCCAACCGGGUCAAAGUGUGGAAGGACCAUUUGGUGUCAGUUACUCCCAACAAUAUCAGAGACGGCAAAGUCUACAUUCACCACAUGUCACCGACCGGAGGCACGGAUAUUAACGGGGCCCUGCAGAGGGGCAUCAGGCUUCUCAACGACUUCGUGGCCCACAAUGACAUCGAGGACCGCAGUGUGUCCCUGCUCGUCUUCCUGACAGACGGGAAGCCCACCGCCGGGGAGACCCACACCCUGAAGAUCCUCAACAACACCAGGGAGGCCGCCCAGGGCCGGGUCUGCAUCUUCACCGUGGGCAUCGGGGCCGACGUGGACUUCAGGCUGCUGGAGAAGCUGUCCCUGGAGAACUGUGGGCUCACACGGCACGUCCACGAGGACCACGACGCCCGCGCCCAGCUCAUCGGGUUCUACGAUGAGAUCAGGACCCCGCUCCUCUCGGACAUCCGCGUGGAUUAUCCACCCGGCUUGGUAGAGCAUGCCACCAGGACCCUGUUCCCCAACUACUUCAAUGGCUCGGAGAUCAUCAUCGCAGGGAAGCUGGUGGACAGGGAGAUGGACCGCUUGCACGUGGAGGUCACGGCCAGCAACAGUAAGAAGUUUGUCGUACUCAAGAAAGACGUGCCUGUGGAGCCCCGGAGGAUGGGGAACGACGUCCCGGGGAGCCCCAGGCCCAAGGCGGGUGGUCAGGAGGACCCCAACCACCUGGAGCGUCUCUGGAGCUACCUGACCCUGAAGGAGCUGCUGAGUUCCUGGCUGCAGAGUGUUGAGGGGCCGGAGAGAGAGCAGCUGAGGCAGGAGGUACAGGCUCUGGCCGUGAACCAUCGCUUCCUCACUCCAUUCACCUCCAUGACGCUCAAGUCAGCACCGCGGACAGAGACCCCGGAGGACGCCUACGGCACGCCCGCGGCCAUGGGGCCUGAAACGGUGAUGCAGAGCCUGAGGGGCGCCCACCUGCAGCCAGGACCUGCUCUCAAGGAACCAUACAACCCAAGGAUUAAAGUCUCCAAAACCUCAGCGGAUGGAGACCCCCAUUUUGUUGUCGAUUUCCCUUUGAGCAACCUCACGGUCUGUUUCAACAUCGACGGACAGCCCGGGCACAUCCUGAGGCUGGUCUCCGAUCAUGCGGACUCUGGCGUGACGGUGAACGGAGAGUUGAUCGGGGCCCCCGCUCCCCCAAACGGCCACAAGAAACAGCGCACUUACUUCCGCACCAUCACCAUCCUCGUCAACAAGCCCGAGAGGUCCUACCUGGAGAUCACGCCCACCAGAGUCAUCGUGGAUGGUGGGAACAGGCUGGUCCUCCCCUGCAACCAGAGCGCGGCCGUGGGGAGCCAGGGGCUGGAGGUGUCGGUGUCCGCCAAUGCCAAGGUCACCGUCGCCAUCCAGGGCAACGUGGCCUUCGUCAUCCUCCUCCACCUCUACAAAAAGCCGGCCGCCUACCAGCGAAACCACCUGGGCUUCUACGUCGCCAACGGCCAAGGCCUUUCUGGCAACUGCCAUGGCCUGUUAGGUCAAUUCCUGAACCAGGAGGCCAGACUCACCGGGCUCGGCAAGAACCCUGCCCAUCCUUCCGUCCCCGAGGCAGGCGAGAGGUCUGAGGCCGUCCUCGAGGUAAAAGGACACCAGGUCCCAGUGGUGUGGAAGCAGAGGAAAAUCUACAACGGGGAAGAGCAGGUGGACUGCUGGUUUGCCCGGAACAACGCCGCCAACCUGAUUGACGGGGGGUAUAAAGACUACCUGGCGGCCCAUCCUUUUGACUCCGAGACCACCUUUGGCCCGGGCACAUCCCGAGGACUCUGACGCCAGCAGCCGUAAGGCAAGAAUGUGUGGCAGGGAAACGUCUUCGGGGACCCCGUGGUGUGGUUCUUGUCGCUUGGCAGGUAGCCGCCGCCCGUGGCUCACCCCUGGUGGCGGGGAGGUCUACCCUCUGCUUGAGCAAAGGGUGGGGUCAGGAUGUUGAAGCAAGAGUGGGAUUUCCUGCUCCUCCCCUCCCCCUCCCCCUCCCCCAUCUCCAGUAGAGAAGGUGGUGGCACCAAAGGGACCAGUCACAGUUAAAAGCAAGUCUCUAUCUUAUACCAGCUGGCUUGUCCAUCUCACAGCCUACCACAAGGUGACUCUGAUGAAGGAAGGUGGCCAUCAGGUCUGUUUUCUCUGUGGAAAUGGCCAGGUUUGGGCACUCUGCUUUUUGCCUUAUACUAAUGCAUAGGCAUCUCUCCUCCUCGUCCGCUGCGUUCUCCGGAUGUGCGGCCAACCUCUGCCUCAGGGGAACCUCUCCUUGGGCCCAGGCCACGAGUCAUGCAAAUAGCAAAUAGAUUUGAUCACUGUAAGCCAUUUGGUCUUUUCUUAGGAGGGGAUUUUCUUCUACUGUGAUGUCUUGCCCUUGAAAAUUUGUUUUCGUUUUUUAAAAAUUGACUCAAAUUAGAGACUCCGCAUCCCAGAUACCGGUAUUUUUCUAAUGGGCUUUGUAAAUCACUUAACUUUGCUGUUGGAGAUUCUCCUAUUUAUUCCAGAAAGCUAAGCGCAUCUAAUAAACAGGGCAGCCCACGUGGGUGUAUUUCACGGGCCUGUCUCAGUGCUGGAGCGUCGGCCAGCUGCGUGAUGCAUCUUUCACUUGGCUCGUCAGCCUUGGUCCUGAUUCCGACCUGAUUUGCUCUCGGUCCCCCAGGAGGUGAUAAGUUAGGCUCUUGCAGAACUGGGAUGGGGAGGCAUUGGCAGCACAGAGCCGACCUACAGGAACCAAACUGCAUGUUCUCAGCAGGAAGUGUGGACGUGCUUACAGAUCUAAGGAACCCUCCCUCAUCCCAGACAUGCUAGGCCAGGAAGUCAGCGUGAGCAAGAGGCUUUGGGCAAAUCUGAUUCCAUCAGGGAGAGGUUAAAAUCAGGGGCCAGGGUGGUGUCAAAAGUCAAUGACUGUCACCCUCCUCAUUGUGGAACCUGUGAAGCCUGUCACAUUAUCAAGGGGAAGGGAGGUUGAUGGUGGUCUUGAGACCUCCUCUCUCCCCCUCCUGCCCGGCUCUUUGCUGGACCACGGAGGUUCAGUAAGGCUGAUCCUCACUGCGGUCGGGACACGGGGGGCACAGCAGGGAAAGGAAGGUUUGGGUCAGAGAAAUGGAAUAUUUUGACGUGAGACCGAAUUAAAUAAAAGCUUUUGUGCUGGCUUCAUGGAACAUUUCUUCCAGUAGGGAGUGACUCUAGAACUUUCAUGCCAUAUGGAAGCAGACUUAGCACUAGGAGAGAAAUCAGAGCUAAGAAAAUUGUUUACCGCCUUUGCCCUUGCCUUCCCAUGUUCGAAUGGGAAACAUUCGAGCAGCAAAAUGACAUCCACAUGUUUUUGUACACCAGGUGGCUGCAGGAGUUUAAGUUAGUGCCAGGGCCAUCGGGGGCGGGGGUAGGGGGGUGGGACUGGUUGUGUCUCGGAGUCUCCGUCUCUCUCCACCUUGGGAACCCACCAGACCAGGGCCGGCAGCUGUGUUAUUUUUGACUCAACUCAGCUGCCUGUUUUCAUGCCAGCAGUGUGAAUGCACAGGCCCAGGCUGCUGACAGCUGCUUCCCUAUUUCAGAGGGAAAGGAGGAGCCGGAGCUGGGCUGGCCAGGACCUGGGCAGGCUCUGCGGGGACUUUCCUGUUACAUAGACCUCGGGCCCAGCUGGGCAGAAAUCCCUGCAGCCGCGACGCCAGCCCGCUGUGUUAGCGACUGGAGCCGGGAUCUGUGUUCCAGGUGUGGCCUCAAAGCUGCAGACAGGAGGCUGUUACUGCAGGACCAGAUAUUCCAACGGGAUGACCGUCUCUUACUCUCCUAUUCAGAAAAAAAAA